CCCGGAUAUCGCGCUGCUGUUUUGUUGUUGGAGGAGGAAGAGGAAGACGAUUCGUGGUGUUGGUUGUGGUUGAGCUUGGUGCUUGGUGUUAGUGGUGUUGUGUGAGACUCAAAGGGUGUUUGUGCCGCUGUGGUUGCACACAGCACAGCGCACAGCACAGCGCAAGAGAUAGGGAUCGUCAUCCUCAUCAUCAUGGCCCGCACAAGCGAGGUGGUGCAUGAUCCUGCGCCACUCGGACGCAAAUGGGCGUUUGCAUUGGGUGCCUUUGGCAGCAUGGCCACCCAUACUGCCGUCGGCUUUUUCCUCUCACCGUUCCUUCUCGAGAUUGCAGCGGUGUCGCCGUACAUUGUGAGCAUUUGCACGUUCUUGGGCAGAGUAUGGGAUGCCAUCACCGAUCCAGUGGUCGGGCUGUUGGUUUCUCGAACAAACACGCGCUGGGGGUCUCUCAAACCAUGGAUCACCAUGGCCAUUGUGCCGAGUGCGAUUGUGUACUUUUGCUUCUGGAUCGUACCGCCCUUCUCGGAGGGCCAACGAGGUGUCUACUACAUCAUCUUGUAUCUCCUCUACCAGACCUUCUUCUCGUGCUAUCAGGUUCCCUACACCGCCCUCACCAUGCACAUCAGUCGCGAUCCAAAGCAACGCGAUCAGGCGACGGCGUUUCGAAUGGUCAUCGAGACGCUCGCACUCAUGUCGGGAUCCGCGAAGCGCGGGUAUCUUAUAUCUGGCGGAUUUGUUGCGGUCGUCAGCAUUGUGCUCGGCGCCGUGCUCGUGUUGGGGGUCCCCGAAGACAAAUCAAUCAAAAUCCCGCCGCCACAGUCCUUCUGGAAGACCUUCAAGUCGCUUCUCAAGCACAAGACAUACAGGACGUUGACGCUGAUGUUUUUGUGGGCGUGGAUGGCCAACAACGUCAACCAGACGAACUUCAUUCUCUGGUUGAAUCACGGGUUUGGGCUCGCAGGCGAUUUCCAAUACUUCCUGAUUACGCUGCUGUGCACGACGACGGCGACGCUUCCGCUCUGGUUCAAAGUGAUGAACAAGAUCGGCAAGCCCCUCAGCUUUGCACUCGGCCUCGUGAUUCAGGUUCCGUGGACAAUGGCCAACUUCUUUCUUCCAAGCGACACCCAACCCUGGGUCAUUCACCUCGGAAUCUUCACAGCGUCGAUUGGGCUGGGCGCUGUCUAUCUCAUCCCGUGGGCAAUGCUUCCCGAUGUCAUUGAUGAGGCAGAGUGGCGUUACGGUACACGCAAGGACUCCGUCUACUACUCGUUCUUCGUCUUCUUCCAGAAGUUUGGUUCGGGCAUUGCCAUUUCGCUGUCGACCCUCGCCCUCAACUUUGCCGAUUACAAGACGAAGCCGUGCUGCGGCGUGCCGCAACCGCCGACCGUGCGCGAGACGCUCAAGUAUCUGGUGUCUGUGGUGCCCACCAUUCUCCUCUUCCUCAGCUUGCUGUUCACGCGCUAUUACGAGCUCGGCCCAAAGCAGACGCUGCUCAUCAAGCAGAAGCUCGAGGAGCGGCGGAAGCGGCUGCAGUCUGAGGCGGUGGACGAGACGGUGCCGCUGCGCCACAAUGCCGACGAGUCGCCAAAGUCAAACGGAUCGUUGACAAUGGACGAGGACCCAAUACAGUCGUCAUCAUCAGUCUAGGGCGCCGUGCUGUUGUCGCUUCGUGUGUGUGUGUGUGUGUGUGU